CAAAAUGACCAAAACUGUCAAAAUCAAAUGCCUUAAAAAUGUCAAUACGAAUUCCAGACACACUCCAAAUUAACUGUGAACAUACAAAGUAAGAUCAUGUUAACGGCACAACGUUAUCUAAGCAAAUGGUCCUUUAUCAAUCAAUGCCUGAACCAUAGAACAAAAUAUGGGGCUCCUUAUUCGCAAAGAACAGAUGUAGAUGAGUGCGACUGCAAAAUACACCAACCGAAGUGCAAGAAACGGCCCGAGGUGGUCAGAGAGGUCAACUGCGAAAAGUGCAUGUUCGAGUGUUGGGAGUACAAGCCUAGGCCGAAAUUCGCUCCCAAGAAAUCAGAAACAGAAUACAGAAAACCUAUUAGAGAGUGCAGUGCAGACAUGAGGGAUCCAGAAUUUAGUACACUGAAGAAGGAGAAGAAGCAAGCCGCAAUAUGUCAGCAUAAGAACAGAACAGAGGCACCGAAAGGACACUGUCCCAAAGUUUUCAAGGGCACCUUGACAAAAUCAUGCAUGGAGAAUCCAUACAAAUUCGAACAAGAAAAGGUUCCAUUGCCUGAUUGGGACUACAAACAGGAACCACCAUCUGCGCCGCCAUGAAAUUGAUCAAUAAAACUCGACAAAUUAAUCUUGUGUAUAAUUCUGAGUAAAUGUAAAGUGGGAUA